AUGAACUCCACCAUAAACAGUACCAGCCAAAUCCCUCCAAACGGCAUCGGUGCUGUAUCUUUCACGCCACUUCUUGCGCCAAAUGCUAUUUUUGUCACUUUAUUCAUUCUCAUCUUCAUUGUCCAGAUUAUAUUGACAGUUCGAUUCUGGCGCUUCUAUGGCUAUGCUAUUGGCAUGCUAGGCGGCCUCCUCUUGGAGCUCUUAGGCUAUGUGGCCAAAGUCCAACUCUCCCACAACCGAGCCAACAAGAACGGAUAUAUCAUGUACAUCAUUGGCCUCACCCUAGGCCCUACCUUUCUUUCUUCAUCCUUGUAUCUCGGCAUCAGCACCUUACAAAGGCACUACAGAGCAGCCCGCUUCGCACACAUCAGCCCUCGCCUCUUUGCCUCCCUCUUCAUACUCGGAGACUUCAUAUGUCUUUGCUUCAUCGGAUGCGGAGGCUCCCUGGCCGCAAUAUACGACACAGACCCCAUAGGGGUCGAUCUUAUGAUUGCUGGCCUCGCAACCCAAGUGCUGUUCACGGCAAUAUUCUGCAUCCUUCUGACUAUAGUAUGCUUCAAGAUACACAAACAACUUGCCGAGGACAAAAAGCUAGGCUACAUUAUUGGCGCAGCAGUAGCUGCCGUUUGUCUCUUUAUUCGCUCCUGCUGGCGUGUUGCCGAGCUCAAUGGAGGUUUCAACGGCCCUCUGUCAAAUAAGGAGGGCAUUUUCAUUGCUUUAGAUUCCAUCCCUAUGAUUAUCAUGUCGGUCCUUUUGACAGUAAUACACCCGGAAUUUUGGUUUGAUAACAGCCGCCCUUUGACUGGGAAAGUAAUGGAUGAUGGCGUUGAAGUACACAUUAAAGUCUGA